ACUCCCUACUCCACUUCUUCAGGCGGUGGAGAGCAGGCAGAGCGAGUGCAGAGGAGUGUGGAGUGUGAGGGGUAUACCAACUGAGGAGUGUGAAGGGUAUAGCAACUGUGUAUCUUCAGGUAUUGUGGAAGAGUGCUGAGUCAAAGGCCACUCCGUAAUUUUAACACCGACGAAGACGUUCAAGCAAGACCAAAACACGGCCUUGGACCAAGACUUCGAGCACGGGAACGGCGUCUUCUAUAUAGUGGCAAGACGUUGGUGGCUGCCGCGUCCCUAUGUCACGGCCUGCACGAGUCCUCAUCUACCUGUGCACGGCGUUUGUUACCUGUGUCCUCUGGAUCGAUGGCCCGGCCCGCUCAACACUCUGGUGGGGCGCCCCUCAGCCCCUGCCUCCAACUGUGGAGGAAGACCCCAAGGAGUCCGACAUCAGCCCAGAGCAGCAACAAACCCUGGCGUGGGAGACCGAGCAGCGACGCAGGAAGGUGGUUCUCAAUCUGGCGUGCCGACAGUGGCUGCCCAAGGCCUCCAAGUACCUCCCCAAGGGCAAAGAUGACCUGAAGUACCUCCUCGUGGAUGACCAACACAAGGCACUCUAUUGUUUUGUGCCCAAGGUGGGCUGCACGAACUGGAAGCGCCUGUGGAUGAUCCUGACGGGCCUGAGCCAAGAGGAUAACCCACAGGACAUACCGGAAGACGUCCCUCACCUCCUGCACGACCAGAUGAUGCUCGUAAAUCAGCCCUACGACGCAUCCGAGCUACAACAUAAACUAGACACCUACAAGAAACUCAUAGUAGUGCGGGACCCCUUCGAGCGCUUCCUCUCAGCCUACCGGGACAAGCUGGAGGGUGGCACGAACAAGGUCUAUCAGGAGAAAGUUGCUAAUAAGAUCAAAUCGUUCUGGCCAUUCAGCAGCCACACCCCAAAGAACGUCACCUUCCCAGAGUUUGUGGACUUUGUGACGGGCCUCUCUGACACCUCCUACUUCGACGAGCACUGGAGGCCGUACCAUAAACUCUGCUUCCCCUGCGCCAUACGUUACCAUGUCAUUGCCAAGUACGAGACGCUGACCGAGGACUCUGAGAGGUUCCUACGACUCAUUGGGGCUCCCGAUAACCUCCACUUCCCGCCCUAUGUCCCAGGCAACACCUCCUGCAUCCUCCCACAGUACAUGGCGAGCCUCAGUCAGGCCCAGCGCCGCAAGCUUUACAAGUUGUACCAGAGAGACUUUGAGGCGUUUGAAUACCAACCGUUUGGGGGACCAGACUAAGGUUGCCCACAAAACCCUGCCUUAAAUUAUUCUAUCAGUGUAAUCAGUCAAUGAAUCAAUAGGGGGAUAUGCCGGGGGCUUGACACCUUGCCCACUCUACAACGCCAACCCCACAGGCUUCAAGAGUGUAAGAAACAAUACAAUG